AUGAAGCUGCUGGGUGCUGUGCUGCUGGCUGCCUGCCUGCUGGGCACUGCUGCCGGGGGGGAGCAGCAUCCCUGGUCAGAUGAGCCGUCACGGACCUGCUUCUUCCAGAUGCUCAGCAGCAUGGACAGAGAGUUCUGCAGAGGGGAUUUAGAAGUUAUCUACCCGGAGCUGGGCGACGUGGCCUGCAUGUACAUCCCCAAGUGCCACCAGUACCGGCGGCGGAUCAGCAGGGAGUGGGGCAGCCCCCGGGUUCGGUACCCCCAAGCUGAGAAGAGCAAGAAGUACGUGCUGAUGCUGGUGGACCCCGAUGCUCCCAGUAGAGCCAACCCCCGGAACCGUUUCUGGAGGCACUGGUUGGUGACCGACAUCCCAGUGAGUCCCAUCGCCGUACGUCGGGGUGGCGGCAGCGCGGGGGCUUCCCCGGGAACUGGGGUGCGCCGGGCGGUGCUGCCCCGCAGGGUCGGGGGCCCACGGGAUGCGCCUCUCUCGGGGUACGGCGGCAUCGCGGCGAAAUCCCGAAGGACCAGCGUUUGCGAGAGAAAUGUAAAUGGCGCUGGGCGUGUAGAUUACGUCCGGCCCACGCCCCCGCCCCGCAGCGGGUACCACCGCUACCAGUUCCGCCUGUACCAGCAGCCGGCUGACGCCGCCAUCGCCCUGAGCCCCGAGGAGAGGGUCUCGCUGGGUGCCUGGGCGAUGGAGAGCUUUGUGGAGCAGUUUCGGCUGGGCUCCCCCGUGGCCUCAACCCAGUUCCUCACCAAAUAUUACGAGGAUUAG